CUAAAUCAAAAUGGAAAGACUCACUAAUGAGAAAGAGGUCUCAGGCCAGACCCAAGAGCUUAAUAAAAGUUUAUGGGAUGCUAAACUAAAAGAAAUGGAAGGUCCAAUGUCCCUAUUCCAAAGAUUUUAUUUUUUGCAAUCUUACCAAAUGUUUAUCUCGACUCCAGAGAGAUUUUCAGCUUGAAAAUGACUUGAGAGAAUCCAGAUUCAUAACUGAACUGAACUAAAAUUUAAGAUUUUAAAUAGAAAGAUUACUUCUUUAAGAGCAUUAAUCAAGUUUUUUGAUAGCAGUUUUCCAAGGAGUGUAAAUACUCUAACGAUAAUGAUAGGAAGAGGAGUAGGAAUAAAUUGGGAAAAAAGAAUUAUGAAUGGGAUUUUUAGAAAUAUUAACAAAAUUGAAGAAGGAGUUGUUUUAGUCGGGUUUUAAGCAAUUUUAAAGUGAGUGAUUUGGGGAGAUGCUUUGUUGGAUUUCGACAUUUGAAGAGUGUAACAAUGACAAAGUGAAAACUAAGAAGGGACUGAAAGCAAUCCAUAAAGAAAUUAAAAAUCCCAUCAGACAUAGAUUUUAGGACUUCGUUCUACUCCCUCGAUUUAGACCUCGAAAUGGAUAAAAUGAGGAUGUUAGGAGGAAUUCUUACCAAAAAUCCAUAUCUAAACUCCUCAGCUGAUGUAAUAUGUGUAAGGGAUAACCAAGGAGCUAUAAAAUACUUGAGAAGAGGAAAAACUGACUAAAAGCUCAUUAGAUAAU